CAGCGACGUGUGUUGCAAAAGAGUGGUCAAAGUAUGAGUUCCAGUGGUACUGUGAUCUCCAGAAAAGAUUUGUAUGAGGACUCUGAGGUUUCAGAUACAGAUGAGGUUGUGCUUCCGAAGAUUGACUUUGAAUUCGUAGAGACGAAAGUGGAGGAAGAAGCUCAGGAUGAGCCGAUGCAGGAGGAAUUUGACUUCCCACUGUUCUCUUUUGGGUCGGAUAACUCGAAUGAUACUUCAAAAACAGUUGAAGAGAGAGGCCGCACUUUGGAGUCCUCAUUAGUUAAAGUCUCACUAAGGUCACCAUCGCCAGUUCGCAUUAAACAAGAACGCCCGAUGUCUUACUAUGUGGCACAUUACACAGCAAAACAGAGAAAGGAGUUCACAGAAGCUGCAAUCACGUGGGAACAGCUCGUACCGUUAUCGAUGAUUAGAGUAAAUAACCCGUUCGAUAAAGUGAUAGACUUGGUGAAGUUCAACUCACGUGUGGAGAGAGAUCUAGACUCUUUGAAAGCGAAGAAGACAAGACCUGGCAAGAAGGCCAGACUUGCAAGACUGGAGUCUAAGAAGGGAAUAAAGAAACGUAAAGAUUACCAAAAGAAGCUCGAUGAAGAAGCACAUAGAAAAUUGAUGAAGAAAAUGAACCAUAAAAGAGGUGGUAAGAAACAUAAGAAGAAACAGGGUAACGCUCAACAAAAACCACAACAACCUACAAAGCCAAAGUAUAGAACUGAGUAAUACCAAAAAACGAUCAUGAACAAUUAACCAUUGUAUGUGGAUCUAGUUAUAACUGUCCUCCAAGUAUGCACGUCCAAUCUCGACUGCGACGUUCCUUCUAACAACUUUUAACAAUGUUUGUAAAUCAUGUGGAGGUUUGACAUUAGCAUCAUCCAAAUACUUGGUCCAAUAUGUGGAGUCAUUUU